AGGGACAUUAAGCCCGAUAACUUCCUGAUGGGCAUCGGGGCUCACUGCAACAAGCUGUUCCUCAUUGACUUCGGACUGGCCAAAAAGUACCGAGACAACCGAACGAGGCAGCACAUUCCCUACAGGGAAGACAAGAACCUCACUGGCACUGCCCGCUAUGCCAGCAUCAAUGCCCACCUGGGCAUCGAGCAGAGCCGGCGAGACGACAUGGAGUCCCUGGGCUACGUGCUGAUGUAUUUCAACAAGAGCAGCCUGCCCUGGCAAGGCCUAAAGGCUGCCACCAAGAAGCAGAAGUAUGAAAAGAUCAGCGAGAAGAAGAUGUCCACCCCCGUGGAGGUGCUCUGCCAGGGGUUCCCGGCCGAAUUCGCCAUGUAUCUCAACUACUGCCGUGGCCUUCGCUUCGAAGAGGCUCCCGAUUACAUGUACCUGAGGCAGCUGUUUCGCAUUCUUUUCAGAACUCUGAACCACCAGUACGACUACACCUUCGACUGGACAAUGUUAAAGCAGAAAAUGACCUAAAGGACUGGCUCUGGGUUAGUGGGUGAGGGUUAGCCGACCCCCUAGGAUCCCACAGAGAAACAUAUGAAGUAGAGCAGAUGAUCAGAGCAGAUCGUGUUACUCCCCCAAUGUAGACCUUUUAGUUCACAUGUACACUUUGCCAGUGGUUGUGGGUAACCAUUUACUUGGUGUAAAGAUCCUAAUUUCAGUCUAAACUGACUCUGGUCAGCACUGGUCCACCAUUCAGAGUUGUAGCUGCUGUGUUUGUGAAUAUUAACUGACAUAGUGAGACAUGCUGUUCAGUUUUCUAUUGCAUUUUUCCAGGAGAAAAGUUUAACUAAAUGGUUGACACACAGGCAGUGGAGAGAAAUUGUGUAUAUGCCAAUUUUCUGUUACCUUCUGUUUGGAUCCGAUCCUAACCCUACAUUGUGCUUUGAAAUCUUGUUUCAAAAGAAUGGCAUGAACAGUUUUCAACCAUGGUUGUGAUAAUUGUAAAUGCUACAAUUGUACACUUGUGAAAUUUCGUUCUGUUUCUCCCUCCCUGGGGUUUGACUGUUGUAAACUUAAACAUUCUUACAUUUGUUGGCUUCUAUGUGCAAAGGCAGCUGACAAGGCAGUAACCAAAGAUUCCAGUUUUUAAGCAUCUGAAAGACUCUGCCUGCUUAAUGUGCUAUAGAUAUAACAACAUCAUCUAAGUGAAGACUUAAGAAAACCUUAGUGACGACUACUAGAUUAUCUGUAGUGCUCUGCAUUAACUCUAACGUUCUCGGUAUUCACAAAGAAAAAUAGCCUCUUGGUCACAAAUUUUGUUAACAUCUUAUGAAUCUCUAUGUAAGUUGCUUCUAUAAAUGUAAUCUCUGUAAACAUCUCUAUGACCCAGAAUUUUGUUUUCAUGUUGAAAUAAGAGU